AUGUCCUUCCCAGAAGAUGACCGGAUAGUCGAACUCUCCUCCAUCGAAGCUAUCUACCCGGAGAUCAGUAUCGAUCCUUCUACUCCGCUGAAAGCAUCCCUUGCCUUGCCCGUGACACCUGCCUCGCCAUUGCGGGUUCGAUUUCAGCAAGUGUCCGAUGGCGGGCCUGCAGCUCCAAUCCUGACGCCACCCAAGUCCCUUGAAGCCAGUGACGCGGACCUUGACACUCGCAUCAAGGAUGUAAUCGACCUUUCCGGCGAUAAUAUAGCUGACGUGCACUAUCUAUCUCACCUACCGCCGGUAACCUUGGAGGUUGAGCUUCCAGAAGGCUAUCCUUCCGAAAAUCCUCCUAUAUUCAACCUCUUCACCAAUCCUCCAUGGCUAUCUUCGUCGCAUAUAAGCAAACUGAUCGAUGAUGGACGCAAGCUGUGGGAAGAAGGUGGCAGGGAUCUGGUUGUCUAUACAUACAUCGAUCAUCUUCAGCAGUUGGCGGAGAACGUCUUUGACAUUGCUGAGAUUUCUGGGAGUGAAGUGCGGCUUCCCCGCAGCCUGAAAGUUGCGCUUCUGGAUUACGAUAUGAAGGCGAAAAGGGAAAAGUUUGAGCAGGAGACAUUCGAAUGUGGUGUGUGCCUUGAACCCAAGAAGGGAACUGUUUGCUAUCGGUUAUUACAAUGUUCGCAUGUCUUCUGCGUUCCUUGUCUCCAAGACUUCUAUAAUACCUGUAUAACGGAAGGAGAUGUCGAGAGUGUCCGUUGUCCUGCACCUGACUGCGGCAAGGGACCCGGGCCUCGUGAGGAGGAACCGACAGAUUCGUCUCGGACGAAGCGCAAGAAGCAGAAUCGCACACUGAGUCCUAGCGAACUCCUUCAGAUUCCGCUAGAGCAGGAGACAGUCCAGAGAUACGUCUUUCUGAAGCGCAAGAAGAAGCUCGAGGCCGACAAGACCACUGUCUACUGUCCACGUCAAUGGUGCCAGGGUGCUGCUCGAUCGAAACGACAUCCGAAACCAUCAGACCCCAUAUCGGACGACUUCGGUAGCUCGGAUGAGGAAGAGGAUGUUGCAGUGGCUUUUGACCCUCUGGGAGACGAAUCUCAGCUGCCGCCUAUGGCCGACCGGGUAGCUAUCUGCGAGGACUGCAACUAUGCAUUCUGUAGUGUCUGCAAGAAAGGCUGGCACGGAGAGCUUGUGCGCUGCUUCCCGCGAAGAGAUGCAGAACUUUCUGCAGAGGAGAAAGCCACCGAGGAGUAUCUCAAGUUGUACACUUCACCAUGCCCGACUUGCAACGCCCCUUGUCAGAAGCUGAUGGGCUGCAACCACAUGAAAUGCUUCAAGUGCGACACUCACUUCUGCUACCUUUGCUCGGCCUGGCUUGCAGAAGACAAUCCUUAUCGCCACUUCAACGACUUGGAGAGUAAGUGCUUUAAUCGUCUUUGGGACUUGGAAGGCGGCGAUGGUAUCGACCCCGAAGGAGCAGAAGCUCUCCACCAAAUACCGGACGAGCUGCUUGAAUUCGACGACCAGAGCGACACUAGCGAUGAUAAUCCCGCGUGGGAGUUUGAUGGCGAGAGCGACGAUGAAGCUAUCAAUCGUCAAAUGCGGCCACCUCCACCGGCUCCCGCACCACCUCGUGUCAUUCCACCCGUCGACCCUGCCCACCGUGCUCGUAACGCGAAUGGCCUAGACGCUGCUGGUCGUGCUGCCGCUGCAGAGCGGCAGGCACAAGCACGAGCAAUGGCUCAAGUUCGAAAUCGUCCUGCUGCUCGACAAGCUGCACCUCGACCGCCGCAGAGAGCCGCGCAAAAUGGCCGAGUCCAGGACCAGCAGGCCGGAAGGCCGGCUCUCCAACGAUUCCUGGAUCUGGUCCGAAAUGACCAGGAAGACGAGUGGGAUAGCGAUGAGUUAGAUGAGGACUUCUGA